AUGUUGUCGAAGUACAAAGUGGCCUAUGGAAACUGGCGGCAGUCUCGAGCGGCCACCGGCACCGUCAACCUGGCCGUGCUGCCCAGUAGGAGCCCGUCCGACAGGCGGCAGUCUCGAGCGGCCACCGGCGCCGUCAACCUGGCCGUGCUGCCCAGAGCGACCAAGCGCAGCCGGCUGAGCGUGGAGGACAGGCGCUCCGGGGCGAAGUUCGGCUCCGACCAGCCGCUCUCCUUCCAGUCAGAGCAGGGCAGCCGGCCCGACCGGCCCUCGUCCUCCCAUCCCGCUGGCGCCGGACAAGGUCCUAGCAGUUCGGAGACAGUCUCGGACGAGCUGUUCACGGCCGGCACGCUGGCACUGGCCGUGCUGAUCACGGCCAUCUCAGCGCUGGUGCUCGGCUUCGUGGUCGGCCACUACUGCGCGCGCCGCUGCCACAAGGACGACGUCAACAUGCCGUACGCCGACACCGACUACACCUACUUCGACCAGCGGCAGAAUGUCAACACAAGGCUGGCGCACGACCCCACACUUCUGGGCGAGGAGGUCACCUACUCAGAGCCGGUGCUCAUACCCACCAACAGCAUGGUCGGCACGCUGAAGAAAAACCAGACGGACGGCACGCUGCCGCUCCAGUACUCAGACAAGUACGAGGGUUCGAUGCUGCCGCUGCGUGGAGACGUGUACGGCACCCACCAUCGGCAGCUGCGCUGGCCGCCCCCUCCAGCUGGAGGACGCAGGUACGCCACGCAGGCUGGAGCUUGUGGGACUGCGUGGCCCUGCCAGGACCCGUACUGCGCGUGGGACCUGCGCCGCCAGCGCUGCUCCUUUGUGGACCCCGCAGCGGUUACACGGGCCGGAGUUGUGCAGAACGUGCGCGACGGCGCGUCGCGACAGUGCCCCGAAGGAGCGACCAAGCGCAGCCGGCUGAGCGUGGAGGACAGGCGCUCCGGGGCGAAGUUCGGCUCCGACCAGCCGCUCUCCUUCCAGUCAGAGCAGGGCAGCCGGCGGCCCGACCGGCCCUCGUCCUCCCAUCCCGCUGGCGCCGGACAAGGUCCCAGCAGUUCGGAGACAGUCUCGGACGAGCUGUUCACGGCCGGCACGCUGGCACUGGCCGUGCUGAUCACGGCCAUCUCAGCGCUGGUGCUCGGCUUCGUGGUCGGCCACUACUGCGCGCGCCGCUGCCACAAGGACGACGUCAACAUGCCGUACGCCGACACCGACUACACCUACUUCGACCAGCGGCAGAAUGUCAACACAAGGUGCGACGAGUGGGUGGUGUUUGAUCGGGACUGGUGCGGAGCUUCACCACAUGGUGGGAUCGGUGGGUGCUGCCCCACCGAUAUCAAUGACAGAAAGUCACCAUUCGGCGAGAUGCGAACCUCAUGCUGAGAUCGGCUUACAAGCGAGCUCACCAGUCAGCAUGUGGCGCCGGCGUUAAUCUCGACCUCACAACUCAGUGGCAACUUGUAUGCGUCAACUGUGAAUGCCCAGGUUAGUCUUGAGUUAAGCAAUCGUUUCGCUGCCCGGAGAGCAAGGUGUGAAUGUGUGCCGGAACGCUACGAAGGCGCCUCGCGCCCGGUUCCAUCCCGCAACCGCUCUCAGUCUCC